CCGGGUGGUAAUAUUUGUUUAGAACCGCUAUUUACCCGAUUACUUGUUUUGAUUUUGACGGGCAAGGGCGCGUGUCUGACGUACCUGGACGGCUAUUCAUCUAUCCAAACCGUAGUUUGGAUUCUACAGUUCUAAACAAAUAUUAAUUGGUCGAAGUCGUUUGGCAACCGUUUGCGGAUUUUGAUUAUCGUUUCUGGAAAUAUUUGGUCAUUUCGCUUAUGAUGCCAACUAAUCGUCGAAGGAAAUCAAACUCAAAGUUCGUUGAUGUUCAUGAAGAAUCCACUAUUAUCAAGCAAGUACCUUUUGAUGUCCUUAAGUGUCAUGGUCCAUACUCGAAUAGGGUUGAUCAUCAUGGUAGUGACUCUAGUCUUAAUUCGAUGACAGAUGACGUGAAAAAUUUUAGUUUAAAGGAGAAGCAAGGGCUUGAAUCAACAGAAAAGAGCGUUUUGCCCAUUACGCCUGUUGUUGGUCUAGAACUACCAAGGGUUGAGUUAAGUUAUUUCGACGGUCAACCAAGAGGUUAUUGGAAGUUUUUAAGGGAGUUCGAGACUUACGUCGAAUCGAGGGUCAAGGAUGAUGGUCAACGCUUGCUCUAUUUAAUACAUUAUUGUAAAGGUAAAGCGAAUACAGCCAUUGAGGGUUGUGUUAUGUUGGAAGCCUCUUCUGGUUACAAGAAGGCCAAAGAAAUUCUAAAACGGUUGUUCGGGCAGGCGCAUGUAAUUGCUCGGAAAACUUUAGAGGACUUAUUCAAAACUGCAAAUGUUGAUCACAGUGAUCCUGAGCAACUGACAAAUCUAGCUAUAAGGAUGGAAGAUUGUUCUAUGGUUUUGAAUCAGAUGAAGUAUACGGCCAACUUAAAUUCUCUAAUUACUUUGGGGAGAAUAGUAAAACUCUUACCUCAAGUUAUGCAAGCCCAGUGGGCGGACUGGGUUGAUGAAUUGACGGAAGAUAAUAGAGAACCGAUGUUUAACGAGCUUACCCAAUUUAUAGCAUCCCGCGCGAGAGUAGCUAAUAGUAGGUUUGGACGGUUAGCGAAUCGUCCGAGAAAGGGACACAACUUAAAGACCAAUUGUCACUUACAAUUGGAACAGGAGAAUAAUUCGAGAGAAAGGACUAAAUGCAGUGUGUGUUCCCAGGACCAUGCUAUCUUUAAAUGUCCAAGAUUUUUAGCGCUUACCGUUCAAGAGAGAUGGUCUCACGCAAAAGUUAAUGGCAUUUGUUUCGUCUGCCUUAGGCAAGGGCAUAAAGUCAAUGAAUGUAAGCUGGCAAAACGUUGUAACGUUAAUGGUUGUGAGAAGAAACACCAUUCUUUGCUGCACAGCGAAAAUGAUAAACCUGGUAUCUCGAAUUGUUGCGGAUAUACUAAGUCACUAAUCAGUCAAGUGUGUUUAGGAAUGAUUCCCGUACGGUUGAAAUCGCAAAAAGCCGAGAUUGUGGGUUAUGCUCUAUUGGACAACGGUUCUGAUGUGACACUGAUAAAAUCAAACUGUUUGAGGUCUCUCUGGCUGAGCGGAGACCAAGCAUCAGUGGUAGUUGAGACUGUGGGCGGUGAUAGAACAAUGAAGGUCACGAGUGCGCCUUUCGAGGUAUAUUCUUUAGAUCGAUCUGAACAUGAUACGAUUGAAGGAGCUCUGAUUGUAGCACGUAUACCAGGUCAUAAGCCAACAAAGUCAGCAAUGAACAACCUAGUUAAGUGGCCGCAUUUAAGUGAUGUGCCAAUAGAUAGCCUAGACUCUGAAGAAGUUUUACUGUUGAUUGGUUGCGACGUACCCGAAGCACAUUGGGUGUUAUACCAACGGUUGGGUGGAAGGAAGAACCCGUACGCUGUGAAAACGUUGCUGGGUGGACGGUUUUUGGACCU